CAACAGAAACAGAAACAGGAGGAGGAAACCAUGCCGUCAAGGCUGAGCACGCCGGUCUUGACUGUCGACCCUGCAAAGAUUCACCAGGUCGACACUCGCAAUGCAGAGUCUCUCCAUGGAAUGUGGAUGGACUUCAUGGAAGAGGGCAGACGGCUCGAGAAUCUGAGCUGGCGGCUCUGGAACCGCGAGACCUUCUGUGUUGCCCCCCAGGCCAAGUCACGUACCAACUCAGACAACAACAACAGCAAUAACAAGGACUCUCUCCAGCAGAGCCAAGAGCACCAGCAGCAGCAACAGAAGAGAACACACUCAGGAUCCCGUCUGGAGCGACUAAGGCGGGAGUCCAAGUCGAUUCCUGACCUCUCUAGCAGCGUGGAGUCUGCUCUAUCAGACGAGGGACUGGAACAGUCACGGUCACGAUCUACGGCACAAACGAGCUCGGGUUCGAGUCCCCAGUGUCCCUGCACACCCCGGACCAUAGAGCUUGACCCAAAGCCAGCCAUUGUCGGCGAGGACUCGGUCCUAAGCAUAUCACGAGGACGAGAGAGACACAUCACCUCCCUCGGACUGGAGAAGAUGGUCUACAGCAUCAAGGAGAAGAAGCAGUUGGAGCCGAUAUGUGUACCGAAGAGCAAGUCACAGCUACAGAUCGAGAAUCGUGAACUAGACGCCACUCCCCGGGCAUCUUCCCCUACCCCAGUUUCCACACAGCAGCAACCACAACAGCAGCAACAAGAGCAACAACAGCAACAACAGCAACACCACCACCACCAGGAGCAGACUCAUCUACAGCAGCAUCUGGCUCCAGCAAACAACCAAUCUCUUGACUCGUGCUCUACUGCACUAGAGAGAGUCCGGGAGAGUGAUGUUCCUACCCCCUCUUCAGAUACCAGCGUCUCAUCCGCCGAACUUCCUCGACCAUCAUCCUCCGUUGUACGUGGCUUCUCGCCUUCAAAGAUCUCGUCCUCAUUCCGCUCCCACAGCCAGCUCUCCCCAGCAGCCAGCACGAGCAAGAACUCGGUACCCAAACAGUCCCCCUUCAAGCAACAAAAACCCAGCGUCUUCACUCUCGGGUGCUCCUCCGGUGAUGAGGAGUCCUCCUUUGAAGACAGAAUGGCUAUCAAGACCCACCGAAGCUCCCUUAGUGAUGGCCUCAACCACCUGGCAUCGGCCCAGCACAGCAGGAGCAGGACUUCCUUCAUCAGAGACACAGCGGCCACCAGCCACCCUAUUCGACCAAUUCGCGAGACCAGUGCAUCAGACGAAGACGCCAUUGCCUCUAGCGACGAGGACGACGAGUCUGAGAUUUCCGAAAGCGCCAUCGAGGACGAAGAUGAGGGAGACUCGUCCGACGGCGACUGGGAAGACUCCGUUACCGAAUCCGGCCGAUCCAGCGUCGACGACAAACAGCUAUUUCAGCGUGUCGACUCGCGACCAAAUCUGGUUUCGCGCCGUUCGCUUUUGACCAUGAUGAUGCACCAGCCCCAGCAGAACUUUGCCCCAACCUUCCGCGGUGGCCCCGGCCCCAACUCCCGCUCUACUCCAGCUAUGCAGCAGCAGCGAGGCCUCGCCCCAGCAGACGGCGAGGAAGAAGACAACGACGAAGACCACAGCGGCUCUGACUCUGGCUCCGUCGGCUCGCCGGGCCUGGAGAUGAAGCGUUCGGAAGUACCUCACUCGCGCCCAAUCGUCAUGACUUCCAUUCCCCCGGGCGGUAUCGUAGCUCGUGCUCAUUCUCCGCGAACCACGCGCCGAAAGAUGCUUGCAACAGAGCUGACCGAGUCCCUCCGCCGCCAUCUCCUCUGGGAGCGCCAGCAGAAGACCACCGCUGCGACUGCUACCGCGGCAUUCAAGCGUCGGCAUACGGCAUGUGAUGUCGCGGGACUCCAGGAGUAUCCCGGCGCCAACGAUUCCAAGGGCCAAGGCAAAGAGGACAAGGAGUCUAAGAACAGCUCGUGGAAUCACUACUUCGACUACGGCCCCUGGGAGUACCACGUCAAGGGGUGGUAA